UGCUAUUUAGAUAGGUUUUGCAGGCAUUGCUGUUGGUGCUGCUAUGGCAGGGCUGCGACCUAUAUGUGAAUUUAUGACUUUCAAUUUUUCUAUGCAAGCCAUAGAUCAUAUCAUCAGCUCUGCUGCAAAAACAUUUUACAUGUCAGCUGGAAAGAUCAAUGUGCCAAUUGUUUUCCGUGGUCCCAACGGUGCUGCAGCUGGUGUUGCUGCUCAACAUUCACAGUGCUUUGCUGCCUGGUAUUCCAAUUGCCCUGGUUUGAAAGUCAUCUCACCAUAUUCAUCAGAAGACUGCAAAGGAUUACUUAAAAGUGCAAUAAGGGAUCCAGAUCCAGUUGUAUUUCUGGAAAAUGAAUUAUUGUAUGGUGUUGCAUUUGAAAUGUCAGAUGAAGCUAGGUCCAAGGAUUUCACAUUACCCAUAGGAAAAGCUAAAAUUGAAAAGCCAGGUCAGCAUAUAACUUUAGUUGCACAUUCAAAAGCGGUAGGAACAUGUUUAGAAGCUGCUAAAGAAUUGUCCAGCAGUGGCAUAGAUUGUGAGGUAAUUAAUCUUAGAAGUUUAAGGCCUUUAGAUGAAAAAUGUAUAUUGGAAUCUGUUAUGAAAACUCAUAAUUUGGUAACUGUUGAACAAGGCUGGCCUCAGUGUGGUGUUGGUUCCGAAAUAUGUGCACGUGUUAUAGAAAGUCCUGCAUUUGAUUAUUUGGAUUCACCAGUGGUACGGGUUACUGGAGCAGAUGUACCAAUGCCCUACACUAAAAGCUUAGAACCGCUUACAAUACCUCAAGCACAGGAUGUAGUUUUAGCUGUAAAGAAAGUUUUAAAUGUUCAGUAAAAAUUAUGUCGUAUGUAUCAUAUAUAGCUAUAAAUAUCAUUAGAUAUAGAUUAUUUAUAUGCUAUGAUAAGAGAAGAAAUUCUUUUGUAUUGUAUGAAUUAGUGUGCAUAUUUCAGAUUGUAAUUAAAAUUAGUGAUCAAAGUUAAAUGUGUUCUUAAAAAUGUGUGCUAAUGAAAAUACUUUGUAUAUAUAUCAUUUUUAAUUUGUACAUAAAAUUCAAUGUUUUGUCAAGAAACAUGUUCACAUAUUCUGUUAUGAAGUAGACAUGCUUCGAAUUUGCUUAACAGUGUACAAUGAAAAUAACAGGUAUUUUUAACAAUUUAAAUCCCUUUUAGAUGAUAAAUGUUAAUGUUUUAAUUAAAAAUCAGUGCUAAGAUAUAAGUAAAGAAAAAAAAUUUUCUUUUGAAUAUAGAUAUUACCAUCAAAACCACUCGUAUGAAUGCUGAAAUUUUUCAGCUACAUUUAAUUAUCACUUUUGGUUUCAUAUUAAAUAUAACCACUAAAAUAAUUUACAUUAUAUAUAAAUAAAACAAAUGCAACAGAUAUUAAAAUAAACUAUAACAUAAUUAUUCUUGGUUUUUAAAUUCAUCUCCAGUCAUCCAGACAGUAUAGUGGUUAGGGGAUUUCUACUGCGGUACCAAAGUGUCUGGGUUCGAAAAUGUAUAGUGUCGGUGUGGCACUCCUUGAUGUGGUUUGGUUGAAGAGGAGAGAGGCGAAGCCUCUAGAUCCCCCCGUGGUACUGUUUCUCAAAAUUGGGGAGAAAAUAGAAGUCCAACCUCUCAUUGAUGUAGGUUAUGGCAACUAUUGUUCUAUGUAAUGUGGAAAAAACAACAACAAAUGCAACUCCAUUUCUCUUUAUAAAAAGAUAAAUUAUUCAAAAAAAUUUUCAACUAAUAAUGUAAACAAAUAAAUUCCUCAUUUAAUGAAAUUGAUAUUUCAUAGGAAUUUCCCAAAUGUUAAGUACUAUAAAUAUGUAAACAAAUUUCAGUUGUGCUAAUGGUGGAUUGUUGAAUAUUGUUCUGAUGUUCAAGAGAUCAUUUUUGAAAUUCUCAUUAAAGAAAUAUGUAAGAAAUUGAUAAUUAUUUUGUCUAUGUGCAGCUUUAUUCAGUUAUGAAGUAUUAUCCAUUGGUAUUAACACCUAAUAUUAUGUAAAAAGGCAGAAUAAUCAAGGACUGAACUGUAUUUUUCAUUUGAAAGUAGCAGACAAAAUUUGAGUAAAGCAUAUGUUAUGAAAGAUUAAAAAAACCAAAAAGAUGAAUUGUUUAAUGUAUAUUUAUGAUUUCCUGAAAUUGCAAGAUUAUUGAUAAAUAAAUAAUCUUUAGGAUAUAAUCAAACUUUGGUACUCAAUAAAUCAGUUUUUUGCA